CACUGCUGAUAAUUGAGAUCCACUUUGGCCUAAAGGUAAUUAUGAAUGGUGCAUUUUACUGAUACAGUGACUGAAACAUUUGCACGUUUCUUAGUCUCUGUCUCUGCUUCUCUUGCCAAUUACUCAGCUUUUGCUAUUCUGUCAAACACUAAAGCUUGAGAAACACACUCUUUUCUUCUGAUUCUGUUUUGUAAUCUCUUUUGUGCUCUUGAGAGCUUCUUCCUUCUUUCCCUUCCUCACUCUCUUCCCUUCCCCUUCCCUCUUUCCAAUCUCACACACACAAGAAAUUAACAAAGUGGAAACAUCAAUGGCCACCAACAAGUUUGCAACCAUGCUACACAGAAACACCAACAAAAUCAGUGCAACUCUAGUGUAUGCAGUUCUAGAAUGGUUCUUAAUUAUCCUCCUCCUUCUCAACUCUUUGUUCAGCUACCUUAUCACCAGAUUUGCCAAAUGGGUUGGCCUCCAACCACCAUGCAUUUGGUGUUCAAGGGUUGAUCAUGUCCUGCACCAAGGAAAGAGCUCAAAUUUGUUUUCAAGGGAACUUCUGUGUGAGACUCAUGCAGCUGAGAUUUCCAAGCUUGGUUACUGCUCAAAUCAUCAAACACUGGCUGAAGCACACAACAUGUGUGAGGAUUGCUUUGCUUCUCAGCCAAAUCAACAUGAUGAAAACUCAUUUGGAGUGAGACACAGGAUUGCUUUGAUAUCAUGGGUGAGUCAUGAAAGUGGAGAGAAUGUGAAGAGGUGCUCUUGCUGCAAUGAGAGCUUGAGAAGCAAGAUUUACCCUCCUUAUUUGUUAUUGAAUCCUUCCUGGGGGGAUGGGAAUUGCACAAGCAAAGGGUCCCUAAUUGUAGAAUCAAUAGAUGGUGAAAAGGAAGGAGAUAAAGACCUUGACUUUGAGAGAAACAAUGGAGAUGGAGAUCAUGAUGAUGAAGGGGUAGUAGCAGAUGAGCAUCAGAUACUUUCUGAUAUUGAAAGUUUUAUCCUCAGGGAGACAGCGGAGGAUCGUUCAAGUUCUAAUUCAAAUUUGCAAUCUGAUGAAAAGGAUGCAGAAAAUGAAGAGAAGAAAGAAAAGGAUGCACAUUGGGAGGAUAGAUCACUUGAAGUCAUGAUUAAGCACUUUGAGGAUCAUGUACCUUGUGAUACCAAUCGUUUGAUACCUAUCAAGUUAAUAGACUCUAUUUCUUCUUUGAAAUUUGGAUCAUGCAAAUUGGAUGAGGAUCUGGGGGAGAAGGAGCAACAGAUGCAGAGUUUUGCUAUUGAGGCACCAAUUGAAGCACAAUCAACCAUCUUAGAAGCAGCAUUGCUCACAGUGGAUAAGAAGAAUGAAGAGAAAUCAAGCAUGAGAGAACUUCAAAGCUUGCUUAAUUCUACUUCAGAGGUUGAGGAGUCAAAAUGGAAUUCAGUAGUUGAAGUAGGUCCAGAAAUGGCUACUUAUGAAGAGGCUAAAAUUUCACUGAAUGAUGGCAACAGUGUUGAAGCACAAGUUGAUCAGUCUCGAUCUCAAGAACCAGUGUGCUUAUAUGCAUGUACACAAGAAGAUGAAUCUCAAUCAAGUGAUGAUGAUGCUGAAGUUCCAAACGCAUUUGGAAAAUUCAUUGCUCAAAAUAAUCUAGGCACGUCUCAAAGUUUAUCCAAAGAUGAUAAAAGUUUAGAAGCAGCUAUGGAAGAACAAGAAAAUACUUCAAGAGCUAAUUCACCUCCAUAUGAAGAACCACCCUACUCAUAUCAAUGCAUACCAGAAGAUCAAUCUUCUGCAAGUGACAGUGAGGAUGAUGCUGAAGUUCCAAAUGCCUUUGAAAAAUUCAUUGCUCAGAAUAAUCUAAGCAUGUCUCAAACUUUAUCCAACAAUGAUAAGUGUUUAGAAGCAGAUACGGAAGAACCAGAAAAUACUCCACGAGAACCAAGCUGCUCAAAUCAAUGCAUACAAGAAGACCAAUCUUCUACGAGUGAAAGUGAGGAUGAUACUGAAAUUCCCAAUGCCUUUGAUGAAUUCCUCGCACAGAAUAAUCUCUGUCCAGAUAAAACAGGUGGAAAUAAAUCAAAUAAUAGCGAAUAUACUGAAAUGAUUGCGAAAGCAACACCAAUUGAGAAAAAUCAUGAAGGCACAAGCCAUCAAUCGUCCAAGGGCUCAGAGUCAUAUGAAGUAGAAGAAGAUAAACUUCCUGAAACUCCCAGUUCUGUAGAUGGCUUGCAUUACCUACACAGGAAAUCGAUGCUCUUUGAGAAAAGGGAAUCAGGUGCAGAGGAUUCCGGGGAUGGCAGUGUUGCGAGUGAGUUAGAAUAUGGUGAUCCAGUACUAACAAUUGACCGGCUGAAAACUGCAUUAAAAUCUGAACAGAGGACUCUUAGUGCUCUAUAUCAAGAACUAGAAGAAGAGAGAAGUGCCUCUGCAGUAGCUGCCAACCAGACAAUGGCAAUGAUUACAAGGCUGCAAGAAGAAAAGGCAGCAAUGCAGAUGGAAGCAUUGCAAUACCAGAGGAUGAUGGAAGAACAAGCAGAGUAUGACCAGGAAGCUUUACAGCUUUUGAAUGAUUUAAUGAUGAAAAGAGAGAAAGAGAAGCAAGAGCUUGAGAAGGAAUUGGAAGAGUACAGGCAAAAGGUGGUGGAUUAUGAAGAAAAACAGAAUCUAAAUGUGUUGAGAAGAAUGAAAGAUGGAAGUUUAAGAAGUAGAGAUUCUUCUUCUUCUUGUAGCAAUGCAGGCUACAUUGAUGAUCUAUCCAUUGAUCUUAACCAUGAAGCCAGAGAAGAUGAUAAUGGCUUUUUCAACCAUGAGGAAAGCAGACACAUUAAUGGAACUGAUUCAGUUUCUAAUUUGGAGGAGAUGGCGCUAGACUGUGUAAAGCAUGUAAGUGCCCUUGAUAACACAUUGGAGGAAUUUGAGGAAGAGAGGGCUUCAAUUCUAGAUCAGCUCAAAGUAUUAGAGGAAAAGAUAAUAUAUUUGGCAGAUAAAGAGGAAAUUCUUGAUGAGGUCAAAUUUAUUGAGAGUUCAACAUAUGGUGACAAAGGCUUGAUUGAGAAUUGUGAUUUUAGCAGUUUAGAGGACAACAUGCAUUCUAAUGAAUUUUCAGAUAAUAAACACUCUCCAAGAAGAACAAUGGGUUCUUUGGCAAAGAGGCUCCUGCCAUACUUAGAUGCAGCUGAUACUGAGAUUGAAGAAGUGUAUGCAUUUGACAGACAAUUGGAAACUGAAACAUCUAGUAUGCAAAACUCAGGACCUAUUCUUCAAAUGGAUGGCAUGAAGGUCUCCAUUGAAGAGGAGGUUGAUCAUGUUUAUGAGAGGUUACAAUCUCUUGAAACAGAUAAGGAGUUUCUCCAGCAUUGUAUGGGCUCCAUACAGAACGGAGAUAAAGGAAUGGAUCUGCUUCAAGAAAUCUUGCAACAUUUUCGCGAUCUUAAGGCUGUGGAACUCCGCUUGAAGACCAUGGGUAAUGAUCAACUAUAGUGAAGUUGCAUUCACCAACCAAAGAUGUGCAGGCACUAGAUGCAGAUAGCUUUGUUGGAGGUAAUCAUGAUGGAUAUGCACAUUUAUGAUUCCUGUGCUUCAUGCAGAAGCAUGGUAACCGAACUUUGUAACAAAAAUACAGAAAAUUUUCUCCAAUGGAGGGAGGGAUUUCUAGUGUCUUGUUGUGGUUUGUCAAAUGAGUAAAAGAGAUGCAGACAGAAAUGUUAGAGUAUGAACAUGUUCAUAUUAUAAGGUUUGAGUUUGGGCUACCCAUGAAAAUUGUGUGAAGCCCAAAAUUUUACAGUAAAGAACUUGUAAGUAGCUAGAGGGGUGUUAAUUGUUAUGUAUAAACCUCACAGCACAAUCAUGCAUUCAUCAUCAUGUACAACAACUUGUAUCUAUUUUAACUCUUAUUCCAUGAUCAUUCAAUUCAAUAUAACAAUGAAAGAUUGCAACAACAAAA